AGAGUGUCAAGGAAGGCGAAGACACCGCACGCAAGGUGUUGCAUCAUCCUUAUGGCAUGUCAGCAAGUUUGAUGGGAUUGCGGCCUGCGAACAACAAUGGUACUUGGAAUUAGCCGUUGGCGCAACAUCGGGUUUCUGCAUAAAGCCAUUCUGAAAUCACUCACAGCAAAGACAUCACCUUUUGGAGCACGUGUGUUGGGAAUCCAAGGAGGAAAGGUCAGAUUGUGAUUCAGUCAUCUCUUUAUCAAUGAUUGAGGGUCAACGCGUCUUUUACUCAACGGCAGGCACCAUCACAAGAUUCCAGCAGCGGGAAACAGGGCAGGAGUGACCAAGGUUGUGGUUGACACGCGUGCCUUCCCAAACUUCAACAUGCCUCCCAAUUUUGAUUUUGCAAUGAAUUUGGACAUGGAUCCUGAACUGCGCGACUUUUACUAUAAUAACAACAAUAAUCAGAACAACAACGCCUCCUUUUCGCAACCAAACCUGCAAUACCAUCCUCAAGGUCACCUAGGACAUUCUCAACCUCACCAUCACCCUCAUCAUCAGAUCCAGGCCCAGGCCCAGCCUCAGCCUCAGGCUCGGCCACCCUCUCAGCCUCGACCUCAACCAUCUCCUCAAUACUAUUCCCAUCAACCUUCUCAGGCUAUUAUUGCUCCACAGGCUUCACAGCCUUAUCUUUCAUCUGGUGAAAACCAGUUGCCCUUCCAAUAUCUACCACAAUUUCAACCACAGCCCCGGAAUCAACCUCAACAACAGGAGUAUCAAUUCCAUCCACAGGCAUAUCCUCAACAACCCACACAGAACCUAAAUUAUCCCUCUUAUUAUCAAGCCAGCCCUCCAAAAUACCAAGCUGAUUUCAAUCAAUACUCCCAACCCGUCCUACACCAGCAGCAAGCCCCCAGGCCAAAUCCAGUCCAGCAACAUCACCAGCACAACCUCCAUCAACCCCAACAUCAACCUCAACCGCAGCCAUACCUACAAACACAUUCUGCUCAGCCACAACCCUUUUCCCAAUCGCAAACGCCUACAACCCAAUAUCAAACACGGCCCACGCAUCCUCCACAACAGCCAAAACGCCCUUCUCCUCAGUUCGGUCAUCAACCGCCUAGGCAGCCUUCCCCAAAUGUAACCCGUCAUCCACCUCCUCAGUCUUCACCUCGAGUGAAACAAGAUACAACCCAUCAACCCCAAAAGACCGUUCGACCCCCUCCCCCUCCUUCUCCUUUGCCAAAGCACAAUCAAAGUUCCCCUUUACCAAUGUUAGGUAACACAAUCGAGGUCGUUAUCCCGUCUCAUCAACAAAUCUCAUCACAAGCCAAUCAAAGGUCAUCCGCGCAAGCACCACCUGCGACCCCUCAGCCUCCGAAAUCUUCGUCUCAGCAGUCGUCAGAUUCUACUAAACCGCCACAGACCAUUUCCCAGCCUUCUGACUCCAUUCGUGGACAGAAUGCUGCCCAACAUCAGCCGGUUAAUGGGUCACAUCUCCAACCCUCCAACAACCAACACCCUCAAACCGUCUCAAUGAGCCAAUUGGAGAAAAAGCCCUCGCUUCCGAUCGCUUCGACGUCAAAGCCCCAACACAUCAUGAUCCCAACACCAAAGCCACUGCCUCGAAUCCUACAGUCCGUUGAGAUCAAAUCCAGGCCAAAAUCACCAACGAUCAAGGAGCCACCACCCGGAGAUUCUCCCGCGCCCGAGUGGCCAGAACCUGACUAUAAGACGGCGUUGAUGUACGUUGCUGAUGAUCUUCUCGAUUCUGCUCGGACUCAACCUGGUAACAAUCCACAAUACUAUGACAAGAUUGCUGCUGUCAUUACAUGCCUCCAGGCCCUGCUUACCAAAACCAAGCUACAACCUCUGGAACUAGUGCAGGUUUCAUUACACUACUCCCAAGUUCUUUACGAUGAGACUGAGAAUUACGAUGACGCUGAAACACAGUUGGUGAAAGCAAUCGAGAUUGCGGGACGCCAUAAGCUGAUUGACCACAAAUACGAGAUGCAACUGUUACUUUCCAAAGUUCUCUAUGAAUCAAAACCCAAGGCUGCUAUGAGAGAAAUUCAGAGGAUCAUCGAGGACAUUGAGGCUUACCACCACACCGCCUGGUUGUACGUUUUCCGGUGGCAGCAUGCCAUCUUCGCUUCCAUGUCUUCUCCGAUUGGAGAACUUCACGGCGCUGUAUCUCAAGUCCAGAAGAUGGCGUCUCUCGCCAAGAGACAUUCGGACUCUGCAGUCAUGGCCCUAGCCAGUGUGAUGGAAGCCCAGUUUCAUCUGUCGAGCUCCAGUCAUGAUUCAAUCACCAACGCACAAAAUGCUUUGGCAACUGCACGCUCCAUGCAGCUGGAUGUUUCCAUCAAAGACAUUCCACAGCUCACGCUCCUCGUGGCUUUGAUUGAUCUUGCAUGCAGUCUGCAUGAAUUUCAAGUCGUGGAGGCUGACAGAAAGAGCAAGGAGAUCAAAGAACUCUUUUACGAAUGUAAAGCUCAUGAAAAUUGGCGGAAUGAUAAUUACAUCUACCUGCCAGUGUCCCAAGAGUCAAUUGCAGGCACCACGACCCAGACUAGCAGGCAUCUUGUCGAGAGAAAAGGAAAAUACUACCUAAAAUUCGAAUGGCUUGGAAAAUCAGAGGUGGAGGUUCUCAUCUAUUUACUAUGCGCAAACAGUGUCGCCCAUCGAAAUUCUGUCAAUGGAGAGAAGGCUGAGGGUUAUGCACAAGGUGGACUCGAUCUCCUACGUGCUUUGCAAGAGCGCAAUCUUGCGGGCCCGUACGUACAGAUCCAACACAUCCAAAUCAGGCAUCGAUUAUUGGAGGCACAUCUCUUGUUCACCUUGAGUUUCUUGAUGGCAUCUAAAGGCAGCUGGGAGGCAACCUGGAAAUAUCUGUCACAGAUCACCGCCAUCUUGGACGAAUUGAAAGACGACUUUCCCAUCAACAUGAGAGUUUGUCUAGCGUACUUGAAAGGAUCAACUCUACAGGGACUAGGCAAGUUGAGUGCCGCUAUGGAAACUUACCAGUCGCCAGAACUUCAGUUCAAGCCACAGCAAUCAUCUCCAUCUUUGCACGCAACAUCUUCAAGACAUCAAUCUCGACCUAGUCAUACUGAAUCCGACAUUACCCGAUGUUUCACCCUUCUUGCCGCUAUGAAUUCCGCUUUCAUAAUGCAGGAUCCCAAUCAUCCCCAAAACAGCCAAGUUCCUUCUCUGAUCCAUGGUCUCCAGCCGGCCGUCGAAAACUGUGGAAACAAAGCCAUUCGGGCGUACUACGAGUUGGUGAUAUCGGCUUUGGUACAUAAAUCCAUCCAAGUCAAACAUCAUCUCCGAGCAUCUCUGGACGCCGGAAAAGAAAUCGGCAGUCUGCAGAUCACGACGCUGGCCUUGAUUUGUAUGCAAGACCGAGCAUUCAAAGGCCAGGUUGAGGAGCGGGCGGUGAAGUGCGCGCGGGCAGCCGGGUCUCAAGCCAAGUCCUGGAAGGAACCACUAUGGACUCACGUGGCCCUAGGGUAUGAGGCAGACAGUCUGGAAAUCAAUGGUUUCGCAAAGACGGCGGUCCAGCGACGGGAGGAAUCUGAGCAAGCGUGGGAUAGACUCCCGGAGGAUGUGAAAAGGAUCAAACGAAGUGUUGAUGUUUGAACCGUGAAAUUUGGUCAGUGCAUUGUUUGCGGAGCAGGAUACUCAGGGAGUGAGCGUGUCAAAAGAUUUCCAUCAAGACAAUGAUGAAUGAUCAUUUGUACUCUAGCUGGAUUGGUGACAAAUAUGACUGGCAAUUGAGCCAAGUGUAACUGUCUUGAAGACUACCAGACAAAACAAUUGGACGAAAAGAUUCAGGG